AUGUGGUGCACAGCAGGGAGCAGGGCCUGCCCCGGGGCCAGGGCCGCCCUGGCUGCGCCCCAAGGCGGCGAGGCCCCGGGCCUGACCGCGGGCAGCUCUGCGCCGUUUGACCUGCAGCAGCCGCGAGCACCCGCACCCGACGCUUCGGCCUCUUUCCUUACGGGAGGCUGCGCGGCGGCUUCUCGGGCACGGGAGCUGCGAGCGCGCUGCUCCGCCGGCCGCGCGGCUCCCGCACGAGGCGCCGUCCCCGGCCGCGCGGUUCACACGGACACGCRCGCAGCGGGAAACGCAAACGGUUCUGCGCUUCCGGACUGCGCGGCUCCGCGGCGCCAGGCCGCGAUUCGGCAGGGGCAGCAGGGAGGGCGCGGGCCCGGCGCGCCAACAACCGCCCGGCCGGGCAGAGCCGCCGCGCGGGGGCCGGAGCACAGAACCCACGGGCAGCCCGCUCUGCGGCACGCCGCGACACGGAGCCCACGCGCAGCUGCGCACGAGCGGCCUUCCCCGCCGCGCCGCUGCUGCGCCUUCCCGCUGCGCGGCAACGAGCUGUGCGUGUGGAGCGCGCCGGGCGGCGAGCCGCUGCGCCUGCGCGGACACGAGCUCGCCGUGACCGCGCUCUCCUUCGGCAGCCGCGCCGGGCCGCGCCUCCUGUGCUCGGCGUCCCGCGACGCCGUGCGCGUGUGGAGCCUCGCGCAAGGUAGGCACGUCCGCCGGGGGGUAGUGCCUCGAGGAAUUGUUAUAGGAACAUUUUUGGGAACGGUGCUUCAUGUGAGAUUUAGYCCAGAUGAUCAACAAGUGGCAGUAUGUGCUGAAAAGCGGAUUUACAUGCUAAGUGCAAAGAGUAAUGCUGUACUAGCUGAAUUGGAAGGCCACCUAGCUCCAGUUACUGCUGCUGAGUUCUGCACAUGGGAGAAUAAUAUGCUGAUAUCGGUUUCUGAAGACAGAAGCUUUAAGAUUUGGGACUAUGCUACUGGGCUGUUAAUAUAUCAAUCAGCAGUAUUAACAGCAUUUCCUUUGUUAAGUCUGCUAAUUGAUGAAGAAAAUAAACAGAUUAUCACUGGAUGUGCUGAUGGAGAGCUUUGGGUUUUCAGUUUGCUCAGUGAUCAUAAUUACCGUUGUGUGACACGUAUCAACUUAAAGAAAGAACAAGAGAAAUUCUAUAAUAAAAUGGGAAAAUCUGGACAGGAAUUAGAUGAGGGGCAAAGUACUUCUCAGCUGGGUAAAACAAACAGUAUGAGACCAGAAGAAACAGUGGAAACAACACUGCCUGUUCUCACAAUUGAACACUAUGACCGUUCAGUAUUUUUCCAUAAAAAGGAAAACUUGAUUCCAGCCCUAAAUACUAGUUAUUUAUGCAUAGGAAGCUCUACAGGCUUGUUAAUAAUGAAUUCGGCAAACUUUGAAUUAGAAGCUCUUUUAUGUUACAAAGAUUAUAGUGGCCUCAGUAUUCAAUUUGCUGGAUUGUGUACCCUAGCAAAGAAGGCAGUUAAUGGAAAGGUUUUAUGUUUGAUCUCUUCAAUGUUUGAAGAUAUGAUUGCAGUGUUGGAGGUUAACCUUGCUGAAUUGGUGAGAUCUCAGCAGAAUAGUUUUCUCACAUGUGGAAAAGAGAAGACUCUCUCAGUUAUUGCCAGGUGUCCUUUGUUGCCAAAAUCUCCCCUGCAUAAGGUUUUUAAAGUCAAGGAACCUUCUAGUAGAACACUUGGAGUGAAAAGCAUGGUGAAAGACCGACCACUGGUUUUCCAUAGGAAAAUUAAGUCAUCAGGCUAUGCAACAGCACCACAAAUGACCAUGUUUUCUCCAGUUACUAACCUGAAGAAAAGUAAUGAGGUACCAAAGUGGAAAACCAUCUGUAAAUGCAAAAAUAAAGAAUAUCCAGUGGAAGGUUCUCCUCCAACCAAAUAUGAGAAAGAAAUAUCUGUUGCUUAUAAACCAACCCCAAUUUGUUGUGUUCAGUAUUCUGGGGAUGGAGAGCUGCUGGCUUGCGGCCUGGCUGACAAAUCUGUGUUGGUAUUUGAUUCCAACCUUACUGAUACAAGAGCUGUUUUUUCAGGUCAUGAUGGUGCAGUUAACUCUGUUGGUUGGAGUCAUGACAAGAAGUGGUUAGUUUCUGCAUCAGAAGACCAAACUUUAAGGAUUUGGUCAGUCUGCAAUAAAGAACCUGCCCUACUUGUGGGUAAAGACAAGUUCCAUAAAUCUGUACGCUUUGCACAGUUUUAUUAUAUAGAUACAUUUAUAUUGCUGAGCUGUGGAGCUGAAUUUCAUCUGCUAAGUUUCUAUCUUGACACAGCGAAGGAUGACCUAAAACGAUAUAAACAGAGAAGUGCUUGCAAAUUGAUUCAGAAAUUUCCCAUGGCUUCCACAGUGGAGAUCACCAGCCUUUCAACAGUAAAUGAUUUCUACUCUUAUAUUGUACUCACAGCUGGUAGCAACAGAGCACUGGAAGUGUUUGACCUCAAUGCAGGCUGCAGCUUGGCAGUAAUACCAGAGGUUCAUUCUAGAUCAGUCCAUCAGAUCUGCCAAAAUAAGGGGUCAGCAUUCAGCACUCAGCAACCUGAAGCUUACAAUCUUUUCAUGACCACAGCUGUAGGUGACGGCAUCAAACUGUGGGAUUUAAGAACGCUGAGGUGUGAACGUCGUUUUGAAGGACAUAUUAGCCGCUGCCAUCCAUGUGGAAUUGCAGUAUCUCCUUGUGGGCAGUUUAUAGCCAGUGGAUCAGAUGACAAAUCUGCUUACAUAUAUGAGCUACGUUCAAGCACCUUUUUGCAUAAGUUGGGAGGGCACACAGAUUCUGUCAUCAGUGUGACUUUUUGUCCCUCAUCUCCCCAGCUCACCACAGCCACCUUGGAUGGCAAACUUCAGUUGUUUCUACCUUGAUGCUUGACAGCCUAUGGAGCUUUGGUCCUGGUGCCCUGAGGGUAAUGGUUUGCUGAGAGACAGAAGACCUGGAAUUGUGCAAGAAAAAUAAUAUUCCUUUUUAAACUGAAAUUUUCUUCUGGUUUGKUUUUUUUCAAGUUCUUCAAACUGUUCUUGAAGCUCUUCUGUUGUAUAGAUAUAAUUUGUUCUUUGCAAAAAUAGUAGCAAGAGAUCAAGAAAAGGAGUGCUCAUUUUGACUUCAAUCUAGCACAUCACUAUGSAAGUUUGUUUCAGAAGACUUCUUGGGUGCUUAUACUUAGAUGUAUUUUGUAGUGCYCUGCUAGACUGAGACCACCUUUGUGCAGACUGCAAAUGUAGUAAAAGUAACAAUUGAUCCAAUUUUGAUGCUACAUCUGCCAAUGACCAAAUAUUUAAAUUAAUCUGCAAGAAGGAAGAACUUACUGUCUUUCCAGAAUACUAGGGUGAUCCUUCUGUUAUAGUCCUUUAGGGUUACUAAAAUCAGCAUGAAUAUUAAAUGCAAAAUUUUACAGACUUUUUAUUCC